AUGGUCCGAAUCAACGCGUUCGCCGUGGAGCAGUGGAUGGACCUUUACGAAACCAAUGCAAAGCACAACCUCGCCGAAACAUGCUGCGCAUCCAUCUCCCUCAAUGACCUACUAGCCCUUUCCCCGAAAAAGGAUCUCGUAGACUUCACGCAGAAGCAAGUCUACGGCGCAAUCCGAGGAUCUGAGGCGCUGAGGACCAACAUCGCAAACUUGUAUUCGCAAUCUGGAUCUACCGAAGCCAGCCCCAUCUCUGCUGAUCGAGUCCUCGUCACAAACGGUGCCAUCCAGGCUAAUUUCUUGGCGCUUUAUACUUAUAUCGGGCCGGAGGAUCAUGUUAUUUGCCAAUAUCCGACAUAUCAGCAACUAUACUCUGUUCCCGAGUCUUUUGGGGCGGAGGUCAGUCUGUGGCGGUCGGAUGAGGGGAACAAGUGGGGGAUGGAUUUGGGGAUGUUGAAGUCUUUGAUUAGGCCGAACACGAGGAUGAUUAUUUUGAACAACCCACAGAAUCCCACUGGGGCGAUUCUUCGUCGCGAGGAAUUGCAAGGAAUUGUUGAUAUCGCGCGUGAGCAUGGUAUCCUGAUUCAUUCUGACGAGGUUUAUCGACCUUUGUUCCAUUCCCUUGACUCCGAUCAAGAAGUUCCCCCGUCGAUUCUUGAAUUUGGGUAUGAGAAUGUUAUUGCAACGGGUUCCAUGUCCAAAGCUUUCAGCUUGGCCGGGAUCCGAUUGGGUUGGAUUGCCUCGCCGAAUCCUGAGAUUAUCGAAGCUUGUGCCUCUGCCCGUGACUACACCCUCAUCUCGGUUGGUCAAAUCGAUGAUAGUGUGGCAGCUCAUGCCUUAUCCAUUCCAUGUGUGGAAAACUUGUUGCAACGUAAUCUUUCCCUGUCUCGGCAGAAUCUCGAGGUCCUUGGGGCAUUCAUUGAAGAGCACAGCUGGGCUAUGAAGUGGACAAAGCCGAAAGCCGGAACGACUGCAUUCAUCAAAUUUGUUGACAGGGAAGGGAGGGCAAUCGACGAUGUCGUGUUUUGUCAGCGACUUCAGGAAAUGACCGGGGUGAUGCUGGUUCCUGGAAGCCAGUGCUUCGGGGGUGGUGUGGACUUCCGCGGAUAUGUGAGACUGGGCUAUGUCCAGGAUAACCAUGUGAUAGUUGAUGGAUUAAACACUCUGAGACAGUUCAUGCAUGAUCAGUAUGAGAAGCUGCCGCUGGCUUGCUGA